CUCACUUACUCUAACACUCAACUCUCUCCUUCUGCAACUUCACACACACACAUACACUCCCUCUCACCCAAAAUGGGUUCUCGAAGCGGGUCGCACCAGCUGAGCAACGGGUUAAUCGUCUCGGGUCGACCCGAGCAGCUCAAGGAACGUCAGCCCACAAUGGCCUCCCGCGCCGUGCCGUACACUGGUGGCGACGUCAAGAAGUCCGGCGAGUUGGGGAAGAUGUACGGCGUCGGUCCUCCUGGCCCACCACCAACUCUUCUCAAACCCUCAUCAAGGUCCUCAUCUUCACAGCACAACAACAGCGGACCUGUUAGAUCCGGCCCGAAUUCCGGCCCUAUGGUCCAUAAACCCGGAAGUUCCGGCCCGAUUAGGAAAUCAUCAUCGUCUUCCUCCGGUCAGCUUAUGACUCCGAUUCAACCUACAGGCCUCAUUACAUCUGGCCCGUUGAGUACUAAUGCGAGCCGGCGAUCCGGCCCGCUCGAGCCCACCGGUUCGUUUAAGAAAGUUGUGUACGGUUCUGCUGUUACGAGCUUGGGAGAUGUGAUAAAGCUAGGAUUCAGGGUUUCAAGGGUAACAAUGUGGGUGUUUUUAGUGGUAGUGUUGAUGGGUUUGGUGGUGGGUGCAUUUCUAAUGGUGGCGGUUAAAAAGGCGAUGAUUCUCGUGGCGAUAGCGGGUGUUUUAGCUCCAAUGGUGAUGAUUUUACUGUGGAAUUUUGGGUAUAAAGAACGAGGGUUGUUGGGUUUUUUGAAAAGAUAUCCUGAUGCUGAGCUUAGAGGUGCCGUUGAUGGUCAAUAUGUCAAGGUCACUGGGGUUGUCACUUGUGGAAGUAUCCCACUUGAAACUUCUUUUCAGCAGAUACCUAGAUGUGUAUAUGCUUCUACAGAACUGUAUGAAUACAAAGGUUGGGGUGGUAAAUCUGCACAUCCUAGCCACCGUUGCUUCUCAUGGGGACGCAGGCAUUCGGAGAAAUAUGUAGCUGAUUUCUAUAUCUCAGACUUCCAGUCGGGAUUAAGAGCUAUGGUGAAGGCAGGUUAUGGAGCAAAAGUUGCCCCAUUUGUCAAGCCGACAACAGUUAUUGAUGUAACAAAGAGUAACAAAGAGUUGUCUCCCAACUUCCUGCGCUGGCUUGCUGAUCGGAGCCUCUCAAGUGAUGACCGCAUAAUGCGCCUCAAAGAAGGCUACAUCAAAGAAGGGAGCACUGUAAGCGUCAUGGGUGUUGUAAGGCGCCAUGAGAAUGUCCUAAUGAUUGUUCCACCAGCGGAGCCUAUUUCAACAGGUUGUCAGUGGACUCGCUGCCUUCUCCCUACUUACAUUGAAGGCCUCAUCUUAACAUGUGAUGACAGUCAGAAUUCAGAUGUGAUCCCUGUAUAAGUUUGCUCAUGUAGUUUCAAUUUUGAUUUCUGAUGAGUCAUGACGAUAGAGUGAAUCAGAUGGCAAUGUGGGGACAGCAAAACCUCCUUGGUUGUGCCAGUGCAAAGAUUCAAGUGUAACAUCAAACAGGGAACAUCAGCAGGGAAAGCUGAAGAUGGUAGACGUCUGAAGUUAGUUUUCCCACGUUUUCACUAUUUUAGCAGAGAUCGCGAAGGAAGAGGAGGAAAAAGCGUUCUACCUUAAGCAGCUAGUCGUGUUGUAUCGUGCAUAUUUCAUUUCUGGUUUGGUUUUAGAUACUUCUAUGUACAUAAACUAUCAAGGUAUUUAUAUAUGUUCAUAUUUUGGCUUUAGCUUUCAUUUCAUAUGCACAUUCGGCUGUGGGGUUCCUCUGUAAAAUAAUGAGUUCUAUAUUAUUAUAAGCA